AUUCAAAUUAAACCACCACCGUUAGCAGCCAACAUAGCGCUCACGCUUCCUCAGAAAAAGCCACAAGACCAACCUCGCCUCGCAUUUGACGAAGUCCCGAAAGUUCCAUUUCCAUCCUCAAUGCUUCCACAUAUUCAGACAAUCCGCUCGCCGGUCCAUCCGUAGUACCUCCAUCUUCAUGGUCUAAAUCCCAAGCUUCUGUUCUCGCCGCAAAACAUGGACUCCCCGUCGUCGUCGUCGGAGUCGCUCCUCCUGGAAGACUUCGGGCAGAAGGUGGAUCUGACCCGCCGGAUCCGAGAGGUCCUGAUCAACUACCCGGAGGGCACCACGGUGCUGAAGGAGCUCAUACAGAACGCAGACGACGCCGGCGCCACGACCGUCUGCCUCUGCCUCGACCGCCGGCACCACGGCACUUGUUCGAUCCUGUCGCAGAACUUGGCGCAGUGGCAGGGGCCUGCGCUGUUGGCCUCUAACAAUGCCGAGUUCACGGAGGACGAUUUCGUCAGUAUAUCCAGGAUCGGGGGAAGUAGUAAGCACGGUCAGGCCUGGAAAACCGGUCGCUUCGGGGUUGGCUUCAACUCAGUGUAUCAUUUAACUGAUUUGCCAUCAUUUGUGAGUGGCAAAUAUGUUGUGCUAUUUGAUCCUCAGGGUGUUUACCUCCCAAAGGUUUCCUCAGCAAAUCCUGGGAAGCGAAUUGACUUUGUUAAUUCUUCAGCCAUCUCUCAAUACGAAGACCAGUUCUCUCCAUAUCGUGCUUUUGGUUGUGACAUGAAAAGUCCUUUUUCAGGAACUUUAUUUCGUUUUCCUUUGAGGAGUGCAGAUCAGGCAGUGAAUAGUAAGCUUUCAAGGCAGGCAUAUUUGGAAGAUGACAUUUUGUCCAUGUUUAUUCAGCUUUAUGAGGAAGGAGUUUUCACAUUACUCUUUCUUAAAAGUGUGCUGUCAAUAGAAAUGUAUGAAUGGGAUGCUGAGGAACACGAACCAAGGAAGCUCUAUUCAUGCUCUAUCAGUGCAGCAAACGAUGAUACUAUAUGGCAUCGACAGGCACUUCUGAGAUUAUCGAAGUCUGUAAAUUUAUCAAACAGUGAAAUGGAUUCUUUUUUAUUGAACUUCUUGAGCGAAGCAUUAAUUGGGACCCAGUAUAAGAAAAGGAUGGACACCUUUUAUAUAGUGCAAACAAUGGCAUCGACAUCAAGUAGAAUUGGCUCUUUUGCGUUAACAGCAUCAAAAGAGUAUGAUAUACACCUGCUUCCGUGGGCAUCGCUCGCAGCAUGCAUAUCAGAUGAUUCACCAGAUGAUGAUCCUCAUAAGAUUGGUCGUGCCUUUUGUUUUCUUCCGUUGCCUGUGAGAACUGGAAUGACUGUGCAAGUUAAUGCAUAUUUUGAGGUUGCUUCAAACCGUCGUGGCAUUUGGUAUGGAGCUGACAUGGACAGAAGUGGAAAAAUUCGUUCUGUCUGGAAUAGACUUCUUUUAGAAGAUGUAGUGGCUCCUACUUUUACACAAUUACUGCUUGGGGUACAAGCGUUGCUAGGUCCAACAAAGUCAUACUAUUCUUUAUGGCCCCGUGGCUCUUUCGAGGAACCCUGGAACAUUUUAGUUAGGCACAUAUACAGAAACAUUUUUAAUGCUCCUGUCCUGUAUUCAGAAUCUGAAGGAGGAAUUUGGGUAUCACCAGUUGAUGCCUUUCUUCAUGAUGAAGAGUUCACUAAAAGUAAGGAACUUGGUGAAGCCCUUGUACAGUUAGGAAUGCCUAUUGUUCAUUUGUCCAAACCAUUGUUUGACAUGUUGUUGAGCUGCGCAUCUAGUUUUCAACAGAGUGUAGUAACUCCUGAUUCAGUACGUCAUUUUCUUAAGAAUUGCAAAAAGCUGGUCACACUAAGCAGAGAUUACAAGUUGAUUUUGUUGGAAUAUUGUCUUGUGGAUCUGAUUGAUGCUGAUGUUGGGCCUCAUGCAUAUAACCUGCCUCUGCUCCCUUUAGCAAAUGGUGAUUUUGGAUCUUUAUGUGAAGCUUCAAAAGGAAUUUCUUAUUUUAUCUGCAGUGAAUUAGAAUAUAUACUGCUUCAACAAAUAUUUGAUAGAGUAAUUGAUCAAAAUAUUCCUGUCAACAUUUUGGCUAGACUUACAGCCAUUACAAAGUGCUCGAACACAAAUCUUGCUUUUUUUGAUGUUCCAAAUUUCCUUGAGUUAUUCCAUAGAUUUGUGCCUGCUGAUUGGAAAUAUAAAAGCAAAGUAUUUUGGGGCAGAGAAUCCAAUUGUGGCUUUCCUUCUUCAUCAUGGUUUGUGCUCUUUUGGCGCUAUCUUCGUGAACGGUGUGAAAAUUUGUCCAUGUUUGGUGAAUGGCCCAUCUUGCCUGCCACUUCUGGGCAUCUCUACAGGGCCUCAAGACAAUCAAAAUUGAUUAAUGCAGAAAAACUUUCUGAUAAGAUGAGAGACAUCCUUGUUAAGAUUGGAUGCAAGAUACUAGAUUGCAACUAUGGAGUUGACCACCCAGACUUAUCUCACUAUGUAAGCGAUGCUAAUGGUGCUGAUGUUCUAGAAUCAAUUUUUGAUCUCGUCUCUUCGAAUAGUGUUAUUAUGCAAACGUUUCUUCACAAUUUGAGAUGGGAAGAGAAGGAUGAGCUGCGUGGAUUUCUUCUUGAUCCAAAGUGGUAUCUUGGAGAUUGUAUGAAUGAUUCUAGCAUUUGGAAUUGCAAGAGAUUGCCCAUUUAUAAAGUCAAUGAUCUGGGAUCUUCUCAAAAUAUUCAGUUUUCUGAUUUAGUAAAUCCUCCAAAGUAUUUACCACCAUUGGAUGUCCCUAAGUGUUUUCUGGGAGGGGAAUUCAUUAGUAGUUCCUCAAAUAUUGAAGAAGAGGUUCUAUCAAGAUAUUACAGAAUUGUGCGAAUGGGGAAGGCAUGUUUCUAUAGGCAGCAUGUGUUAUACAGGGUUAGAGAGAUACAACCUGAAGUUCGUGAUAGCAUCAUGCUCUCUAUUUUGCAAGACCUACCGCAAUUAUGUGUUGAAGACACAUCAUUUAGGGAAGUUUUGAGAAAUUUGGAAUUUGUUCCAACCCUUAUGGGAUCUCUUAAGUGUCCUGCUGUGUUGUAUGAUCCUCGUAAUGAUGAACUGUAUGCUUUAUUAGAUGAUUGUGAUAGUUUCCCUUGUGGUGUUUUCCGAGAAUCAUCUAUAUUGGACAUGCUGCAGGGUUUGGGCCUUAAGACAUCUGUGUCUCCCGAGACAGUCAUAGAAUGUGCACGGCAGGUGGAACAGUUAAUGAAUGAUGACCAACAAAAGGCAUUUUUAAGAGGGAAAGUGCUUCUUUCCUACCUGGAAGUAAAUGCAAUGAAGUGGCUACCUAAUCCACUGACUAAUGAUCAAGGUGCUUUGAACAGCUUGUUUGCUCUAGCUGCAGCUUCAUUGAGACCUCACGGCUUAAGAUCUGAGAUUGAUAAGUUUUGGAAUGAUCUCCGCAUGAUAUGCUGGUGUCCAGUUCUAGUUUCUGCUCCUUAUGAAACUCUACCAUGGCCUGUUGUAUCAUCCAUGGUUGCCCCACCAAAAAUUGUGAGACUAAAAGCAGACUUGUGGCUUGUUUCUGCUAGCAUGCGGAUACUGGAUGGUGAAUGCUCUUCCUCAGCCAUUUCACGCUGCUUGGGUUGGUCUUCUCCACCAGGCGGAGGUGUAAUUGCUGCCCAACUACUUGAGCUUGGAAAAAAUAAUGAGAUUGUGAAUGACCUAGUGCUUCGACAAGAAUUAGCAUUAGUAAUGCCUAGGAUGUACUCUAUUUUAAUGGGCAUGAUUGGUUCAGAUGAAAUGGACAUUGUGAAGGCUGUUCUUGAAGGGUGUCGUUGGAUUUGGGUGGGAGAUGGAUUUGCAACCUUGGAUGAGGUUGUCCUUGAUGGACACCUUCAUUUGGUCCCAUAUGUACGUGUUAUACCUACUGAUUUAGCUGCUUUCAGGGAAUUAUUUUUGGAGCUUGGUGUUCGGGAAUUCUUGAAAGUGACUGACUAUGCUAAUAUAUUAUGUAGAAUGGCUACAAUGAAAGGUUCCACUCCUCUGGAUGCACAGGAAAUCAGGGCAGCUUUACUGAUUGUGCAGCAUCUGGCGGAAGUUCAAUUCCACGGACAAGAAGUUAAGAUCUAUUUACCAGAUGUGUCUGGAAGGCUGUUCCCUGCCUGUGAUUUGGUUUAUAACGACGCUCCCUGGUUGAUGGGCUCAGAAGAUCCUGACAGCUCAUUUGUUAAUACUUCUAAUGUUGCAUUGAAUGAAAAGGGAACUGUUCAAAAAUUUGUGCAUAGGAGCAUAUCUAGUGAUGUUGCUGAGAAGCUUGGUGCUUGCUCCCUUCGUAGGACCUUGCUGGCUGAGAGUGCAGAUUCAAUGAAUUUGAGUUUGUCUGGGACUGCUGAAGCUUUUGGACAGCAUGAAGCCUUGACAACUAGACUCAAACAUAUUCUUGAGAUGUAUGCAGAUGGACCUGGGAUUCUCUUUGAGCUGGUGCAAAAUGCGGAGGAUGCAGGAGCUUCUGAGGUUAUCUUUCUCUUGGAUAAAACUCAGUAUGAGGCUUCAUCUGUUCUCUCCCCCGAAAUGGCUGAUUGGCAGGGUCCUGCUUUGUACUGUUUCAAUGACUCCAUUUUCAGUUCACAAGAUCUAUAUGCAAUCUCACGCAUUGGUCAAGAAAGUAAACUGGAGAAACCUUUUGCCAUUGGCAGAUUUGGACUGGGAUUUAAUUGUGUUUAUCAUUUUACCGACAUCCCCAUGUUUGUUUCUGGGGACAACAUUGUUAUGUUUGAUCCUCAUGCCUCUCAUUUGCCUGGGAUCUCCCCAUCUCAUCCUGGCUUGCGAAUAAGAUUUGUCGGUAAAAGGGUUCUAGAACAAUUUCCUGACCAGUUUUCCCCCUUCCUACACUUUGGCUGUGACAUGCAGCACUCAUUUCGUGGUACCCUCUUCCGUUUCCCUCUUAGGAGUGCAAAUGUUGCUUCUCGAAGCCAAAUAAGGCAAGAGGAAUAUAAACCAGAAGAUGUCAUGUCACUCUUCACUUCUUUCUCUGAAGCUGCUUGUGAGGCUCUGCUUUUUCUUCGCUGUGUGAAAACCAUAUCUGUUUUUGUGAAGGAAGGAGCUGGUCAUGAGAUGCAACUCAUGCAUCGUGUUAACAAGCACUGCAUCAGUGAGACAGGAACUGAGCCCAAUGCACAACAGCAUAUGUUCAGCUUUGUUCAUGGAAAUCAGCAGGAUGGGGUGGAUAAGGAUCAAUUCUUUAAAAAAUUGAGCAAAUCCAUUGAUGGAAAUUUGCCAUGGAAAUGCCAGAAGAUUGUGGUGACUGAGAAGAGCACUUCUGCUGAUGUUUCACACUUGUGGAUAACUACCGAGUGUUUAGGUGGAGAACAAGUCAAGGGCAGCCCUGCAGCCUCUAAGAAAAAGUCUCAUAAUUUUACCCCCUGGGCUUGUGUUGCUGCAUAUUUACACUCGGUUGAUCUUGAUAGGGAGUCCAUUGACUUUGUGAAUGCUGAGGAAUCUUUUGGAUUAACUCCUGAUUCACUUAAAAUUCAAUUGGCUUCAAUUAGAGAUAGGAAGGGUUUUGAUGGACGAGCUUUCUGCUUUUUACCAUUGCCAAUCAGCACUGGUCUCCCAGCACAUGUAAAUGCGUAUUUUGAGUUGUCAUCGAAUCGAAGAGAUAUCUGGUUUUGUAAUGACAUGGCAGGGGGUGGAAAGAAACGCUCAGACUGGAAUAUUUAUCUUCUUGAAGAUGUUGCUGCUCCUGCUUAUGGUCACUUGCUUGAAAAACUUGCACAGGUUAUUGGCCCAUCUGAUUUGUUCUUUUCAUUUUGGCCUACAACAACAGGAUUAGAACCUUGGGCCUCAAUGGUGCGAAAGCUGUAUAAAUUUAUUGCUGAUUUUGGUCUUCGUGUAUUAUAUACAAAAGCUAGAGGGGGGCAGUGGAUAUCAACGAAGCAAGCGAUUUUUCCUGAUUUUACUUUCCAUAAGGUACAUGAGCUUGCGGAAACACUAUCAGAUGCUGGACUACCUCUAGUGAAUGUUUCUAAACCACUUGGAAAAAUAUUUAUGGAGGUUUGCCCGUCAUUGCAUUUCCUCACACCCAAAUUGCUAAGAUCCCUGUUGAUAAGGCGGAAACGUGGUUUGAAAGAGAAGGAUGCAGUGAUCUUGGCCCUUGAAUAUUGCUUGCUUGACCUCAAAAUACCUAUUCAGUAUGAUAGUUUGUACGGUUUACCUUUGUUACCUCUUGCUAAUGGGUUAUGUAUGGCAUUUGAUAAAAAGGGUGUGGGUGAAAGAAUUUUUAUUGCGCAGGGAGAUGAAUAUGGUCUUCUGAAGGAUGCAAUUCCUCAUCAGCUUGUAGAAUAUGGGAUUCCUGAAGGAGUUUCUGAAAAGCUAUGUGAUAUAGCCCAGAGAGAGGUCUCAAAUGUUUCAUUUCUGACAUGCAAUUUGCUUGAGAAGCUCUUCACAAGGUUACUCCCUGCAGAAUGGCAGCAUGCUAAGAAGGUAGCUUGGACCCCUGCUUAUGAAGGCCAGCCAAGUUUACAGUGGAUACAACUGCUAUGGAGCUAUCUGAGGUCAUGUUGUGAUGAUCUCUCAUUGUUCUCAAAGUGGCCUAUUCUGCCUGUUGGGAACAGUUAUCUCUUGCAGCUUGUUAAAAAUUCUAAUGUUAUUAAGGAUGAAGGGUGGAGUGAGAACAUGUCUUCAUUGUUGCUGAAAGCAGGGUGUUGUUUCUUGAGGCAUGACCUCCCAAUAGAGCAUCCUCAGUUGAAAAAUUUUGUGCAGUCUCCAACAGCCACAGGAAUUUUAAAUGCUUUACUUGCAGUUGCUGGUCAGCCAGUGAACGUUGAGGGGCUCUUCAUUGAUGUAUCUGAAGCGGAGCUGCAUGAGCUUCGAAGUUUUGUUCUUCAGUCCAAGUGGUUCUUUGAAGACCAGAUGGAUUACACACACAUUGACCUUAUCAAACACCUCCCUAUGUUUGAAUCAUUUAGAAGCAGAAAACUAGUAAGUUUGAGUAAACCUUCCAAAUGGCUUAAGCCAAAUGGUAUACGUGAAGAUCUUCUGGAUGACAGCUUUAUACGCACGGAAUCAGAAAAAGAAAGAGUCAUUUUGUUUAGAUAUGUGGGGAUUAAAGAACCUUCAAAAGCUGAAUUCUUCAAAGAUUUUGUACUCAAUCGCAUGUCGGAAUUCCUUUCACAGGAGGGGGCUCUUUUGUCCAUCUUACAUGAUUUGAAACUUCUAAUUGAAGAGGAUAUCUCCAUCAAAACUGCACUUUCUGUGACACCUUUCGUUCUAGCUGCCAAUGGAUCUUGGCAGCAACCAUCAAGGCUUUAUGAUCCUCGCAUUCCUGAGCUAUGGAAGGUCCUACAUAGAGAAGUUUUCUUCCCCUCUGAUGAAUUCUCAGAUCCUGAAAUUCUGGAGACUUUACUUAACCUUGGACUUAAACAAAACUUAGGUUUUACUGGUUUGCUUGAUUGCGCUCGUUCGGUUUCAUUGUUGCAUGACAUUAGGGACUCAGAAGCACUAAUUCAUGGGAAGUGGUUGUUAGUUUGUUUAGAUACUCUAGCCCUCAAGCUAUCAGCGGGAGAAGACAGUUCUGGUGUAAUUAGAAAUACCAUGAUAUGUCAAAACAACGAUGUUGCUGAUGGUGAUGAAGAGCAUGCCACUUUGCCAAAGAGAGAUCCUUGUAAAGAUAAUCUAGAGAUUGAGGUAUUUGUUGAGAACUUGAUCCAUGAUAAACCAGAAGUUGAGUUCUGGUCAGAAAUGAAAGCAAUUGCUUGGUGUCCUGUUUGUGCUGAUCCACCUGUACAAGGACUUCCGUGGUUGAUAUCCAGUAAUCAAGUUGCAGCUCCAAGCACUGUAAGGCCGAAGUCACAGAUGUGGAUGGUGUCAUCUUCUAUGCAUAUACUAGAUGGUGAAUGCUGCUCAUUAUACCUGCAGCAUAGACUUGGUUGGAUGGAUUGCCCUAACAUAAAUGUUUUGUCCACUCAAAUAAUUGAGGUAUCCAAGUCCUAUGGGCAGCUAAAAUUGUAUUCUAUAACGAAAUCUGAUUUUGAUGCUGUGCUGCAAAAGGAAAUUCCAUCACUUUACUCAAAGCUGCAAGAAUAUGUUGGCACUGAUGAUUUCAUGAUUCUAAAAUCUGCACUGAGUGGUGUUCCCUGGGUUUGGAUUGGGGAUGAUUUUGUGUCCCCAAAUGCAGUUGCGUUUGAUUCACCUGUGAAAUUUAGUCCCUACUUAUAUGCUGUCCCGUCUGAGUUAUCAGAAUUCCGAGAUUUGCUUUUAGCGCUUGGGGUGAGACAGGGUUUUGAUAUUUGUGACUAUUUAAAUGUUCUCCAGUGCUUGCAGAGUGACGUGAAAGAAUGCUCAUUAUCAGCUGAUCAGUUAAGUUUUGUCCGGUGUGUCCUUGAAGCUGUUGCAGACUUAAAUUUGGGCAGGCCAUUGUUUGAAGCCUCUUGUACUCAAUUGCUUAUUCCUGAUAUCUCUGGAGUUUUGAAGCCUGGUGGGGAUCUUGUAUAUAAUGAUGCUCCAUGGAUGGAAAACACUGCUUUUGUUGGGAAAUCUUUUACACACCCUAGUAUAAGCACUGAUCUGGCACAUAGGUUGGGGUUGCAAUCACUUCGUGGCCUCUCUUCAGUAGAUGAAGAAAUGACCAAGGAUUUGCCAUGCAUGAACUAUGCUAAAAUAACUGAGCUUCAGGCAUUAUAUGGGGGCUGUGAAUUUUUGUUAUUUGACCUUCUUGAGCUGGCAGAUUGCUGCAGAGCAAAGAAACUACACCUUGUCUUUGAUAAGCGUGAACAUUCUCGCCAGUCAUUGCUGCAGCAUAAUCUAGGUGAAUUUCAAGGUCCUGCUCUAGUAGCCAUUUUGGAAGAUGCCAGCUUGAGUAAGGAUGAAGUAUGUUCCCUCCAACUCCUUCCUCCAUGGAGAUUAAGGGGUGAUACACUGAAUUAUGGCUUGGGACUGCUUAGCUGUUAUUGCAUAUGUGAUGUUCCAGCAGUUUUUUCUGAUGGCUGCUUUUACAUGUUUGAUCCCCGUGGGUUGGCACUUUCUGUACCUACAAGCAGUUCUCCUGCUGCCAAAAUGUUCUCUUUAAUAGGUACUAAUUUAACUCAAAGAUUCCGCGAUCAAUUUAAUCCUAUGCUAAUUGAUCAAAAUAUGGCAUGGUCGUCAUCAGAUUUUACUGUCAUCCGCAUGCCUUUAUCAUCAGAGUUCAUGAAAGAAGGACUUGAGCAUGGAUCAAAAAGAAUAAAACAAAUAUUUGACCGAUUUUUGGAGCAUGCUUCUAUAUCACUUUUAUAUUUGAAGUCUGUUUUUCAGGUCUCAAUAUCAACAUGGGAAGAAGGAAAUCUACAGCCUUGCCAGGAUUAUUCAGUUUGUGUUGACUCAUCAGCUGCUAUUUCGAGGAAUCCUUUUUCAGAAAAGAAGUGGAGAAAGUUCCAAAUAUCAAGGUUUUUUGGUAGCUCAAAUGCAGCGAUCAAAUCACAUGUAAUAGAUGUGAACUUGUACCAAGGAGGAGUUAAGGUUGUUGACCGAUGGUUUAUUGUGCUGAGCCUGGGGUCUGGGCAAACAAGAAAUAUGGCUCUUGACAGGCGAUAUCUAGCAUACAACUUGACACCUGUUGCUGGAGUUGCAGCACAUAUAUCCCGUAAUGGCGAUCCAAUUGGUGCUCACUUAUCUAGCUCCAUCAUGUCUCCCCUGCCAUUAUCCAGCAAGGUAAACAUACCUGUCACUGUUCUUGGAUGUUUCCUCGUGCGUCACAAUGUUGGUCGUUACCUCUUUAAAUACCAAGACAAGAAAGCUUUGGUCGCGGGUCAGUCUGAUACUGAAAAACUAAUUGAAGCUUGGAACCAAGAAUUGAUGUCUUGUGUUUGUGAUUCCUAUGUUGAAAUGGUUUUGGAAAUCCAUAAGUUGAGAAGACAAUCUUUUACUUCUCGUGCUGAGUCGAUGGCAAAUCAUGCAGUUAGGCUAGAUUUAAAGGCUCCUAGUAAUCAAACUUAUUCUUUCUGGCCAAGAUCUGUUGAGCAUGAUGUAAUUAAUGAACACAACACUGCUGGUAACUUCAUAUCAACAAAAAUGUUCAAAGCUGACUGGGAAUGCAUAAUUGAACAAGUAAUAAGACCUUUGUAUGCUCGACUUGUUGACCUUCCAGUAUGGCAGCUGUACUCUGGAAAUUUCGUCAAGGCUGACGAAGGUAUGUUUCUUUCAAAACCUGGGAAUCAGUCAGGUGGUAAUUUACUACCAGCCACAGUUUGUGACUUUGUUAAAGAACAUUAUCCUGUGUUUUUGGUACCAUGGGAAUUGGUGACUGAGAUCCAGGUGCUCGGGGUAACAGUUCGAGAAAUUAAACCUAAGAUGGUCCGUGAUCUUUUAAAGGCUUUUUCGGCUUGCAUUGUUCUUCAAUCAGUUGAUACUUAUGUGGAUGUUCUUGAGUACUGCUUGUCUGAUAUUCAGUUUCAGGAGUUGUUGAAUCUGAAAGAAGAUACAUCAAUUCAGCUCAUUAGUCCUGAUUCUAUUUCCAGUUCAAGAAUAGCAGAGGGCAGCAGUUCUGCUUCUGUAUCAAUCCCAAGUGGACAGAGGUUUCAUGGGAUGUCCACCAGGAGUCCAGCCAGUUCAGGAGGAGACUCACUUGAAAUGAUGACAAGUUUGGGGAAGGCUCUAUUUGAUUUCGGACGUGGAGUUGUCGAAGAUAUUGGAAGGGCAGGAGGCCCUAUCAUUCAUAGGAACAGCAUGACAGGUAUUAGUGGUAACAGUGGCAGUGGAACUGCAGACCGGAAGCUUCUACCAAUUGCUUCUGAGCUCAAAGGCUUACCAUGUCCAACUGCAACAAUGCACCUUGCAAGGUUGGGGGUUGCCAAACUCUGGGUUGGAAAUGAAGAGCAGCAAGCACUAAUGACUCCUUUGGCAGCAAAUUUCAUCCAUCCAAAAGUUUUGGACAGAUCAAUCUUGGCUGAUAUUUUAUCCAACUGUACUCUUCAAACUUUAUUGAAACUGCAGAGUUUCUCUCUUCGCUUGCUGGCUAACCAUAUGAGUUCAAUUUUUCAUCCGAAUUGGGUGAAUCAUGUCAUGGACUCAAAUGUGGUUCCCUGGUUUUCAUGGGAAAACACUACAGUUUCUGGUGGGCAGUUGGGGCCUUCUCCUGAAUGGAUAAAGCUCUUCUGGAAAAUUUUUACUGGAUCGACAGAAGACCUCUCACUAUUUUCAGAUUGGCCUCUCAUUCCUGCUUUUCUUGGCAGGCCACUCUUGUGUCGUGUAAGGGAGUGUCAUUUGGUCUUCAUUCCACCCCCCGUUGUGGAUACAUCCUUAGCAAAUGGUGUCUUGGAAAGUCAUGCUUCUGAAUCUGAAUCUGAACCUGAAUCUGAAUCAGCCCAACCCUAUGUUUCAGCCUUUAAACAAGCAGAAUGUAGUUAUCCUUGGUUGUUCUCAUUGUUGAACCAGUGCAACAUACCCAUAUGUGAUACUGCCUUCAUGGAUUAUGCUGCUCCAUGUACUUGUUUCCCUGCACCUAGCCAAUCAUUAGGGCAAGUUAUUGCUUCUAAGAUUGUUGCAGCUAAACGUGCUGGCUAUUUUCCUGAACUUACUUCUUUUUCCGCUUUGGAUUGUGAUGAAAUUUUUGCCCUAUUUGUCUCCGAUUUUUCUGCUAAUGGGUCUAAAUAUGGAAGGGAAGAAAUUGAAGUGUUACGUUUUCUACCUAUUUACAAAACAGUUGUAGGGUCAUAUACACAACUGCAAAGGCAAGAUGUAUGUAUGAUUUCAUCAAACUCAUUCCUCAAGCCAUAUGACGAGUGUUGUCUUUCUUAUUCCAUUGAUUCAGUUGAGAGCUUGCUACUUAGAGCCCUUGGGGUCCCUGAGUUGCAUGAUCAACAGAUUUUGGUAAGGUUUGGAUUGCCUGGAUUUGAAGGCAAGCCUCUGUCUGAGCAGGAGGAUAUCUUAAUAUAUCUUUAUAUGAAUUGGCAAGACCUACAAGUAGAUUCCACUGUUGUUGAAACUCUGAAGGAGACUAGAUUUGUCAGGAAUGCUGAUGAAUUUUGCACAGAUCUAUCUAAGCCCAGGGACCUAUUUGAUCCUAGUGAUAUAUUACUAUCUUCUGUAUUCAUGGGUGAGAGAAAGAAAUUUCCUGGAGAAAGGUUUAGUAGAGAUGGGUGGCUAAGCAUUUUAAGGAAAACAGGCCUUCGAACUGUGACAGAUGCAGAUGUAAUUCUUGAAUGUGCCAGAAGAGUAGAGUUUCUUAGUGGUGAAUGCAUGAAAUCCCUAGGGGACCUUGAUGAUUUUGCAGAAGACUUGUCCAACUCUCAGAAUGAAGUCUCCUUGGAAGUAUGGUCAUUAGCUGGUUCAGUUGUUGAAUCCAUAUUUUCAAACUUUGCUGUUCUCUACAGCAACAACUUCUGUGGCCUCCUUAGCAAGAUUGUAUGUGUACCUGCUGAAAAAGGUUUCCCUAGUGUUGGGGGCAAGAAAGGUGGGAAGAAGGUGCUCUCUUCAUACAGUGAUGCUGUUUUAUUGAAGGAUUGGCCACUUGCUUGGAGUAGCGCUCCCAUUCUUUCCAGACGGAAUGUUGUGCCACCUGAGUAUUCAUGGGGGUCUCUCCAUCUUAGAAGCCCUCCUGCUUUUUCUACAGUGUUAAAGCAUCUGCAGGUUAUUGGAAAAAACGGUGGUGAAGACACACUUACCCAUUGGCCAACUGCACCUGGCAUCAUGACUAUUGAUCAGGCUUCUUGUGAGGUCUUGAAGUACCUAGACAAGGUUUGGGAUUCCCUUUCGUCGUCAGAUAUUUCUGAGUUGCGGAGAGUGGCAUUCAUGCCUGCAGCAAAUGGUACUCGCUUGGUAGCUGUAGACUCUCUUUUUGUGCGCCUGGCUGUAAAUCUAUCGCCAUUUGCAUUUGAACUUCCUUCUCUAUAUCUCCCAUUUGUAAAGAUCCUCAAAGAAUUGGGACUGCAGGACAUGCUUUCGAUUGGUUCUGCAAAGAAACUUCUUUUAAAUCUCCAGAAAUCAUGUGGGUAUCAGCGUUUAAAUCCAAAUGAACUUCGUGCUGUGAUGGAAAUUUUGAAUUUUGUUUGCGAUGGAACUGUUAUGACAAACACUUCAGAUGGUUUAGAUUGGUUUUCAGAAGCCAUAGUCCCUGAUGAUGGCUGUCGACUUGUUCAUGCAAAAUUAUGUGUGUACAUUGACUCUUAUGGCUCUAGAUAUGUUAAAAGUAUUGAUACUUCAAGGCUGAGAUUUGUUCACCCAGAUAUUCCUGAGAGAAUAUGUGCAUCAUUGGGCAUUAAAAAGCUGUCAGAUGUAGUCAUUGAGGAACUAGAUCAUCAUGAGCAUCUUCAGACACUAGAAUGUAUUGGAUCAGUAUCACUAGAAUCCAUUAGACAGAAGCUAUUUAGCAGAUCACUUCAGUCUGCAGUAUGCAUUGCUAUCAAUAGCAUAGCUAGUUACAUUCCUUCAUUUGAGACCCUUGCUUUGGAAAACGUGCAAUAUUCACUAGAAUCUGUUGCAGAGAAGUUGCAGUUUGUUCAACGUCUCCAUACUCAUUUUUUACUUCUUCCAAAGUCUAUAGACAUUACCCACAUAGCUGAGGAAUCCAUUAUUCCAGGGUGGGAAGGUGGAUUCCGACAUCGGACUCUUUACUUCAUUAACCAUUCAAAGACCUGUAUCCUAGUUGCUGAGCCACCAACAUGUAUUUCUGUUCUGGAUGUUAUUGCGAUUGUUGUAAGCCAGAUGUUGGGAUGCCCUAUAGCACUAUCUAUUGGAUCUUUAUUUUUGUGUCCUGAAGACUCUGAGACAGCUGUUGCCGAUAUUUUGAGACUUUGUUUAGAAAAAAGGAACUCUGAGCCCACACGGGGAAGCAGUAUCUUUAUAGGCAAGGAUAUAUUGCCCCAAGAUGCUCUUCAAGUGCAAUUUCACCCGCUCAGACCUUUUUAUACUGGAGAAAUAGUGGCCUGGCGGUCCCAAAAUGGAGAAAAAUUGAAGUAUGGUCGGGUUCCAGAGGAUGUGAGACCAUCAGCAGGCCAAGCACUCUAUAGAUUCAAAGUGGAAAUUGGACAAGGGGUGACUGAAAAUCUUCUUUCUUCACAAGUUCUUUCAUUCAGAAGUGUGCCAAUGGGCAAUGGAGAUUCUUCAUCAACCAGUCUUGAGGAUUGUUCCACACUAACUGGAAACAGGAUAUAUGCCGGAGUGCCAGUGAGUUCUGGAAAAAGCAAAACAGAAUCUUCUCAGCUGCAGCGAGGUAAAGAGCUCCAGUAUGGCCAAAUAUCUGCGGCAGAACUGGUGCAGGCAGUUCAUGAGAUGCUCUCUGCAGCUGGAAUAAAUGUGGAUAUGGAGAAGCAGUCUCUACUGCAUACAACCAUAACUCUGCAAGAGGAACUCAAGGAGUCUCAGACAGCGCUUCUGCUGGAGCAGGAAAAAGCUGACAGGGCAACAAAAGAAGCUGAUACAGCCAAAGCAGCAUGGCUUUGUCGGAUCUGUUUGAAUGCCGAGAUUGAUAUUUCAAUAGUUCCUUGUGGUCACGUAUUAUGUUGUAGAUGCUCAUCAGCUGUUUCCAGGUGUCCAUUCUGUCGGCUCCAAGUGUCUAAAAUAAUGAAAAUUUAUCGCCCAUGAAAAGCCGUGGUGCUUUAUACAUGAAAUUGAUUCUUUAUACAUGAAAUUGAUUUUUUGUUCUGUCUAGUUUUACCAGAUGGUGCACUGAGUAGGGUGUAUAUAUAUGUAGAAUGAUGGAAAAGAGAAGGGAUUGGGUGUGGAAGGGGAAAGCAACUUGUCAAUAUUGGCUGUACGGGUUGUAUUGUGUAUCUUCCCAUUUUUUUGUUAAAUUUUUAUUACUACUUGUGUAUAGCAGCUAUCAUGUACGAACAAUAGAGAUUGAUGCUGCACGGUAGAUGUCUCUUGAGGUAUUUCGUCAAAUCCACUCCACAGCUCUGGCAUUUCCUUGCGUGAUGCCUGUUAUUUCUA